UUUCCUCAUCUUCACACCCUCUCCUUUUUUUUUUUCUCUUCACCGAAAAACCCUAGUUCUAGGGUUAGGGUUUUUGCCUACUAAAUUCACUCUUUCUACUACUACUAAUACUAUUAUUACCUCUUUACUUAGGCUUUUAUAGUUCUUAGUUUUAUUUUUCUUGUAAUUUUUUUGUUCGAAUCUGAGAGUUUUAUUAGCUAUGGAUUUCCGUAAACGAAGCAGAAAUGAAGCUGGUCCUAACUUCAAUGGAGGUUUCAAGAAAUCAAAGACAGAAAUGGACUCCUUAUCAGGUGGUAUAGGAAGCAAAACGAAGCCAUGCACGAAGUUUUUCAGCACUGCUGGCUGCCCAUUCGGUGAGAGCUGCCAUUUCCUUCAUUACGUCCCUGGUGGCUAUAAUGCUGUGGCCCAGAUGAUGAAUUUAGGACCAGCUCCAGGCUCAAGAAAUGUGGCUGCACCACCCAUGUCCAAUGGAAAUGCUCCUGCUGUGAAAACCAAACUUUGCAACAAAUUCAACACAGCUGAGGGAUGCAAAUUUGGAGACAAAUGCAAUUUUGCCCACGGGGAGUGGCAAAUUGGCAAGCCUAUUAUGCCAUCACAGGAGGAUCCACGAGCCAUGGGUGUUGGACCAGGACCUAUUCCUCCUAGUCGUUUUGGUGGGCGAAUGGAGCCUCCUCAUGCUUCUGGACCUGCUGCUAGCUUUGGUACCACGGCUACUGCAAAGAUCAGUGUGGAUGCUUCUCUCGCUGGAGCGAUCAUCGGGAAGGGCGGUGUGAACUCUAAGCAGAUUUGUCGACAGACUGGAGCCAAGCUGGCCAUUCGGGACCAUGAAACAGAUGCAAAUCUCAGAAACAUUGAACUAGAGGGUACCUUCGAACAAAUUUCUCAGGCUAGUGCUAUGGUAAGAGAGUUGAUCAACAGCCUUGGUCCAGUAGGUGGCCCUGGAAGAGCUCCGGCAGGUCCUGGUGGCCCCGGAAGAGCUCCAGCAGGUCCUGGUGGCCCUGCUCCUCCUAUGAGCAAUUUCAAGACGAAGCUUUGUGAGAAUUUUGCCAAAGGUUCUUGCACUUUUGGGGACAGGUGCCACUUUGCCCAUGGGGCUGCUGAAUUGCGCAAAACAGGAGUUUGAUUUUAAGAAAGGCAGCUUGUUCCUGUGUUGCUUGUGGUCAUGCUUGGUAAAGCUGAUACAUUUGUAUAUCUCAAUUUUGGGCUCUAGUUAUGAAAUGGAACUUCAUGAGACAAGUGGAGUAUUUUAUCUAGGCAUGAUUUGGUGGACAUCUUAUUAACAGUACUAAUCGUUCUAGUUUUGUUGAGUUGUGCUAGUUGCUUAUUUUAGCGCUCUGUUUCCACUUAA